GAUGGAGAACUUAUGUAUCAUCAUGUGAGUUACACAAGUAUGACAGCCAUGACAAUCAUUUCAAUGAAUAAUCACGUCGUAGUCUUGUUCAUUGGUACAGAUAAAGGUCAUCUGCAGAAGAUAUUAAUAAGACUCGAUUCAUCUCAUCCCUAUACGGCAAAUAUUUAUGCGGAUAUCACGAUUGAUGAAGGAUCUCCAAUAAAUUCUGACAUGCUGUUUGAUUCUGAAAAGAACUUUUUAUAUGUAAUGACUCACAAGAAACUUGCCAAAAUCAAAAUACACAAUUGUGACGAAUAUAACACGCUAUACGCUUGUUUGGGUGCCAGAGAUCCUUAUUGUGGAUGGUGUUUUUUUAGUAACAGAUGCUGCUUGAAAUCAGAGUGUAAUUAUGAACAAAACGGCACCGAAUGGAUCUCAUAUUAUGAAAUCGACAAAUAUGUAAAUAAGUCUUCACGACCAAGAAAUAAAUUCUCAAGAACAGCAAAAUGGAAUAUAACUUUCAAUCUACUGAAUUCACACCCGUUCAAUAAUCAUACAAUAUUAUGCUCCUUUAGAUUCAACAACACUAUAAUAAAUACUACAACAAGGGUAAGUAAUGAAGAUGAAAUCAACUGUGUAACACCAAGUUAUGAAGAUUUACCUCGGACACCUAUCAAUGAACAUUCCAUGAAAGCUCAGCUACUAAUAAGCUUACAAACAAAACUUUUCCCAGAAAUUCAAAAAAUCGAGGUGGAAUUUUUUGAUUGUAGUACAUACAAAUCAUGUACACAAUGUGUAAAUUCUACUCCAUGUAACUGGCGUAUAAAUGAACAGAAGUGUGCUGAUGAAACAAUUCGGAGCAGCGAUGGUACAAUAUUAGGUGAUUAUUUCAAAAAAUCAGAACCAACGCAUUUUGGGGAAAGAUAUGACUGCCCACGUAUUUUGUUUGGCAUAUAUCCCAAACAAAAUACACGGGUGGCUAUACUCACACGUUUUGUACAUGCCAACACUGGAUACAAAGAAAGAAUGGCCGCAGUUGUCACAAUCCCGAAAAUAUUAAUCAAUGAAACAUUUACAUGCGAAUUUGACAUUGAGGAAAACAAAACCAUGGCAUCAGCAAGCCUGCAAAAUACAUUUCUGGCUCCUGAUGGAAUUGGGUUUUUUGGCGACAUCAAAUGUGAUGAUACAAUAUUCACAUACGCUACUCCAAAAUCUAACAUAACAGCCAAAUGGUCUAUUUUAUGGAAUGGAUCAAAACUUCUUGAAAACCGCCGCAAUCUAGAUAUUGUCUUAUAUAAAUGCGCCAACAUGGGCAAUCAGUGCGCAAAGUGUCUGCAGGAUGAAAAUUACGAAUGCAUAUGGAAUUCAAAAACAGGAGAAUGCAAAUACAACAACAGCUUGGAUGAAGAAUCUGACAACAAUAAUCAUUGGUUAAAUGACAAAGAGGAGUGCUUAAAUGUACCAUUUAUUGCAGAAAGCAUGAUUAAAAAUCAAACAACUUGGUUAACAGACAACAUCUACUGGAUCAUUAUUAUAAUAACAACAGUAACACUUGUUACAGUCGCAAUAUUCGUCAUCUAUUGUAGAAAUUCCGCUGAAAGAUCGCGGAAAAUGCAACAGCAACUUAAUAAAAUGGGCAUGGAAAUGAUAGCUAUGUCACAAUGGGUAAAGCGAGUAGUGAUUGAAAACGAAAUGCGUCUGGAUGAAAACGAAUCAAAUAUGCUGAGAUUACCAAACGUCACUAUCCAAUACACAUCUAUUCCAAGAUUUGCCGAAAAUGAAACCGUACCAAAAGACGAAUAUGAAUUGCCAUCCGACGAUAAGUGGGAAAUUCCUCGAAAAAACAUUGUUCUAGGAAAAUGUCUGGGAGAAGGACAGUUCGGAAAAGUUGUCGAAGGGAAGGUUUCAGGUCUCUUACAGCAGAACGUCGUCACAACAGUAGCAGUAAAAAUGUUGAAAAAUAGCCACACUGACGCAGAUAUGGUAAAUUUAGUCACGGAGAUGCAACUGAUGAAAAUCAUCGGCAGACAUGAAAAUGUACUAAGACUACUCGGAUGUUGUACACUCGAUGGGCCUCUGUUCCUCAUCACCGAAUACUCGUCACAUGGAAAUUUACUCGAUUUCCUCCACAAAAAUCAUCACUCUACCGUACCCCGAAAAGUUGAACAAAAUGAUUUGUCUGAAGAAGUACUAAUUACAUUCGCUCUACAAAUAGCAAAAGGCAUGGAGUACUUGGCUUCCAUUGGAUUCGUUCACCGAGACCUCGCAGCUCGAAAUAUUCUAGUAUUUAACAAUUAUGUCAUGAAAAUAGCUGAUUUCGGAUUAGCCAGAGAUAUUCGACAAAUUAACUACUACAGAUUAAAAACUGGAGGUCGACUUCCAGUCAAAUGGAUGGCACCAGAAGCCUUGACAGACAGACGUCACACGUCAAAAUCUGACGUGUGGUCAUACGGCGUACUACUUUGGGAAAUUCUGACGUUGGGUGAUGAUCCUUAUCCUUUACACAACGAUGCAGACAAAUUAAUGGAAGAUAUCGAGUCAGGAUAUCGUUUAAAGAAGCCCGCCAACUGUUCGAUUAACAUGUACUGUCUAAUGAGCAAAUGCUGGAAUUAUCUUCCCGCCGAUCGGCCAGAAUUUACAAACAUCAUUAGUGAUUUGGAUGCCAUAUUGAUGAAUUGUGACAAAGUAUAUCUACAGACUAUUGGACAAUCUGAUCCUCACAGCUCAAAGCUUACAACAGAAUCCGAUGACACAGAAGAUGAAACCAACGAUUUAUUACAAAACUAUUUUGAAUAAUUUUAAGUUUUAUUUUUUUAAAAAUUAUGUAGGUAACUAUUUAAGUAUAUUAAUUAAUACAGGAUGGAGCAAAGAACCCCUACCCGUUUAAAAGUGGGGUAGGUUUUUGAAAAAAAACCAAAAUAGGUUUUUUUUUGAAUAAAAAGAACCUUUAUUUUGGCCUAUUUCAAAAUGUAAAAUAUUCACUGAUUUCAACUAGAAUUAUUUUUUAAAAAUUUCAGAAUUUAAAUGAACAGUCUUAUUUUUAACACAAUCAGUACCUACCUCUAAAAUUCACAAAACAACCUUUUGCAACAUUCUCUGUAGAAUAACCUAAACUUCAGUUAGAAUAAUUUGCUUUCAAGCAGAGGUGUAACGAUCUACGAUUACGAUUAUAAUCGAUUAUUUCCGAUUAAUAAUCGUCGAUUAUUUUCAAUCGUCCGUAAUCGAUUAAUCGGACCUUUGGCUAAUUUUUUUUCAAUUAAUCCAAAUGUUGAUUUUAUGUCUUCCUUUUGGUUUUAAUUUGUUAUUUGAUGUUUCAUAUUUUCAUUUUUUUUCAACCCUUUCAUUACAAUUACUUUUUGAGUAAAAAAAUGAAAAUGGAAAAAUUGUUCAGAUAAUGGGUUCAGAAAAAAUUGAUGACGAUAACUGACGUCACUGAAUUCCAACCAAUCACGGAACAGCAAAUUUUUUUGGCCGAUUAAUCGAUGCAGCAUCGAUUAUAAUCGUUACACCUCUGUUUUUAAUUCUUCUAAGGUAGGUGCAGUUAGUUGACAAUUGACGUAUACACAGGGCCGAAACUUGGGGUGGUUGGGGGGAGGGUGUACCACCUCCCAAAGUUGUCAAAUUUUUAAAGUCAACAAAUUUCGGCAAAUUAUGAUAAAGCUGGCAAAUUUUGACAAAGACAGUAAAUUUUUAAAAUUUUUGGACUUGAAAAGCAGUUAUUGAUGCUGGUAAAUGAAACGUUACCUAUUAUAAACUUUUUUUAGCAACAUGGAGUGUGCUCCAAUUAAGCUGGAGGUACCUUCGUACAAAGUUGAUUUUUUUAUGAUGUCAAGUACUAUAGUACGUAAGUUUAUGUACUUAGAAGUUACAUGGGGGUAACCAUUUUUAUAUUUUUAUAAUGAUUAGUGCAAGUAAGUACAUUUUUGUGUAUGAAAUAGGUAAGUAAUAAAUAUUUUUUAAAUUCA